CGUUCCCAUUGUACCGUUGCGUUGUCGUUCGGUGUGUGUUUUUUUUUUGCGUGAAAGUGACAAAAGCAAAUGGCAAAUGGCAGAAACAAAGCGCACUAAAAACGCCAGACGAUGCACGUCAAAAUAGUUAAUUCCUAGUUGUUAAUUCAUUGUUUGUUUAAAUAACCGCUGUGCAAUAUAAAUCAUUAGCCAAAACGAGAGAGCGAGUGGAAGAGAGGCCAACGUUGUAACGGUAGACGGUGACGGUAACAUUAACGGUAACGGAGCAUUAGAAUAUAUAGAAAAUAUCGAUUGGAGCACUGGAUCCAACGGGAAAUCGGGCCAAAAUGGUUGGUCUGCUAAAUCCGCUCAAGUAUGGCGACCAUUUCUACGAGCUGUACACGAACAGCACGCGCAGAAAAAUGCAACACGAUCGCAAGGUGUUAACAAAGCGCAAAAGUCGGAAGGACAAAUCGGCGGCAGCGAUGGCCGCGGCAGCAGCAGCGGCUGUUCUGGAGGGGAAUGUGGGAGCAGGUGGACUGGUGAAUCCGCUGGAUCCACCACUGGUCAAGGAACAACUGAUGAUCCUGCCCUCGUUUCCGGUGGCGCACAUCGAACUAGAUCCGAAUGCGUCCAAGUUUGCGGUCUUUUCAGCGAUUAGAUCCACGGUUCUGGAGGCGGAGACGCGGUACUCCCUGUUCCAGGAGGGUGGAGCGGCCGCUGGCCAGUCCGGAUCGGGACUGAAGAAGUGGAGCAAUAACCUUAACUCCUCCUGCUGCAUGAUGUGCGCCCACAGCUGUAUGAUAAGCAACAUUCUCGAUUGCCCCUGUCACGCCCAUCUGGGCAUGCACGGUGCAGUGGGACCGGGAAAUGGAGCUCCUGGCGGGCCGGUGGGUGUGAUUGUCGAGGGACGCGUACCGGCUCCGGUGCCAGUGGUGGUGGGAGGGCCGGGUAUGCCGGCCGAGAAGCGACCACGCCGCGAUAGCGCCAACAGCGAUGCGGACUCGGACACGGAGGAGCCCACCGAACGGGAGCCCGUCUACGCCACCGUGCCCCUGAUUGUGGGCGCAGGAUUGCGAAGUCUCUUUGAACUGAUCGCCGAUGCGCGGCAUGUUCAUCCACUCUUGUGCACCAAGGCAUUGAAGGCUCUGCUGGACGUCAUCCAGGGCCAGCAGCCGGAGAGCUUCAAGCUCGAGCCGGAAGAGCUGAUCAAUCCGCUGUACGAUCUGCUCCUCGAUCUGGCCACCAUGCCGGCGGCCCUCAAUUCGGCCACGGGUGCGGAGGCCAACUGGUCGGCCAUGGCCUGUGCCGCUCUCCUGGGACUCUGCAUAGCCCGCGGCGACACCGGCAAGAUGCUCAAGGCCAUCGCCGCCAUGCUGAUGACGCCGCGCCAGCUCUCCGCCCAGAUUGUCCAGCUGCCGGUGGUCCUGGCCACGUUGCAGCACACGGUGGUCAGUGCCGCCCUGAAUAAGCCCACAAGGCCGGACUUUCACAGCCACGGGGUGCCGCACAAUUCCCUGAUUGAUGAGUUUCCCCUGAAGUUGCCGCCCUUGAGCACCGGUGCGCCCAUCACCUCGCCAGCAAUGGCCUGCGAUGGAGUGUUUGUGUACCUACUGUAUGGAGGAACCCUGCUGAAGAUCGGCACUGGCUUUGGGGGAUCCUACAAGGGGCACGUCUAUGCCCAGAACGAGGACUUUAGCCACGAGCGGAGUGCCUGGCUGGGCUACAGUGGCGGGCAGCUCUACUUCCGGCGCACCUGUCGCCGGAGUGCAGGCGACCAGCUGCAAAUGGUGGGCCUGGACACGCUGGCCAUCAAGGCGAUGAGUCCCUUGAGCAUGCUGCACAUGCGCGAGGGACUCAACUACGUGCUUUUCACGGACGACGACUCACUGCACGCCAUCUGCAGCAACCGCGAUGACACACUGGUGGUGAAGAAACUGAAUCUGUACCACAAUAGCUACAACAUUGACCCACCGCCCUUCGAACUGCCGCUGCAGUUGGCCCGCAAGAAGUUCCGGACACUGGGCUAUGCGGCUUUCGAGGAUGAGCUGCUCAACCAGUAUCAGAUCCAGCGAAUCCAAUCGGCUCACAACAGCUUCGAACCGAAGCUACCGGCUCCUUGCCGGGAUGCGGAUGUAGAUGUCAUGGGCAUGGCCUGCGGAAAGGAGUUCGGUCUGGUGCGGGCCAGCAAUGGCAGGGUUUACUAUUACGGAAAGUCCGCAGCCCUGGGACUCAAGUGUGUGGGUCGCACCCCGACGUUAAAGCUCACCGAGCUGGUGAUCUCCAAGGCGGCCAAUAUAGUCCACGUGGCCGUGGGACACGAUGGCAUCCAUGCUUUGUUGGUCAACGAUGAUGGGACCGUCUUCUUUGCGGGAACAGCCCGUCGCGGCGAGGAUGGGGAUAGCAGCAAGAAUCGGAGACAACCGAAGGCGGUGAAGCCCAAGAAGAUGACUAAGAUCGAUGGUCAUGUGGUGGUCCAUGCCGCCUGCAACAAUGGCACCUCCGCCUUUGUGACCAAAACGGGAAAACUGAUAAUGUACGGCAAGGAUACGGCCCACUGCGAUGCCAUGGGCUUCGUCAGUGAGCUGCUGGAUCAGCAUGUGACCAAGGUGGCCCUGGGCAAGGCCCACUGUGUGGCCCUCAAUGCCAAGGGGCAGCUCUUCUCGUUCGGGCUGAACAACAAGGGUCAGUGCGGCAGGAUAUUCAACAAGCUGCAGCCGGUGAAGGAUGUGCCCCCGUUUGCCUCAUCCUCAACGGCAGCCGCCUGUUUUGCAUCCCUGCUGCCACUGGACAAGCGCCUGAAGUUGGACUUCUCCACGCUGUGCGACUACGAUGAUCACAAUCUGGUCCAGGGUCAGUGCCGUGUGUGCGUCAUCUGUCGAGAGUGCACCGGCUACAAUGUCAGUUGUGUCUCCGCCCUGAAUGUCCCGUUGGAGCAGCGCUUGGCGGGCAGCAUAUGUCCCUGUGGUCACGGAGAUGCCGGCUGCGCCAAGUGUGGUCUCUGCGCCGCCUGCAUUGCCCUUCAGGACAGCGAUGAAGCCAAAACGGAACUGAAGCCUCCACCAAGUGACGUGCAACAGCGCCAGCAGCGCUCCAAAACGCUAAUCAUGCGCCGCAAGGAGCGUAAGGGCGAACUGGAGACAGGGGCCGCCGGCGGAGGAGCUGCCACGCCCACUGACCUGGACAAGGAUCCGCCUCGAGUGGCUCCUUUGGCCCCACAGCUGCUGCAGCUCACGAGCUCAUCACCUGUGGUCCAGGUAGCCUGUGGAUUGCAUCACACCGUGGUGCUUACUUUGGCCGGCGAAGUCUACACCUUUGGAAGCAACCAGUACGGUCAAUUGGGCAGUGGAGAUCUGCAGCCGGUGAGCGGACCCGUUCGUGUCCAGGUUUCCGGAGCCAUCAGCCAAGUGGCCGCUGGUAGCAAUCACACCGUACUGUUGACAUCCAAGGGAAUGGUGUACACAUUUGGCAACUACCAGAAGGGACAACUAGGACGGUUACCCAGUGACUAUGGGGUGAAGCCCCCGCCCCAGGACGACGACUCUCCGGUGGGACCGGGAUCUGAUGGUGGGGGAGCGGGAGGAUCGCCAACUGUUGCGCCGGUGGGAAUGCCUGGCCCAGAGCGAUCCCAGUCCCCGGCCACCGUGCAGCCAAGUGGCUCUAAGGAGAUGCCUCCGCUGAUUCCGGUGCUCACCCAGCGCCAGAAGUUCCUUUGGAACUGCUCGCCCGGAGCCGUCUUUGGUUUGGGCCCCUGCUAUGGCAAAAAGGUCACCUGGAUUGGAGCCAAUGGAGAUCAGACCUUCAUCAAGAUAGACGAAUCCCUGAUCACGGCCCAAAUGCUGCCCAAGAUGCAUGUGGUGGCCAACAAGAAGACGAUAUUGCUCAUACCCAGCAUUCCGCUGUCCUUCCACACGCUCUCCAUAAAUCGGCGAGAUGGAAGUUGUACGGCCCAUUAUCGAGGACAAACCAACUUUGUGAAACUAAUGCAGGCACAGCCGGAGCAGCAGCAGCCGGAGAUCAACUCCAACCUGGAUGUUGCUGUGACUCCUGUGGCGGAUUCGCCGGCGCACGCCUCCACCUCGUCGCUUCUAACGGCCUUGACGGGCACAGCCACGGCUGGAGUGCCCAUCAACGAGCAGAUGUCCCGGAGCAUGCACGAGGGCCGCAACCAGAUCUUCGAGGAGCAGCCGCCCCCAGAGGUGGGAUCAUCUCCUGCAGCAGCGGGAAGUGGAACAGUAGCAGCUCCUGGAACACCGGGAUCGGGCUCCGGGGUGGCGGCAGCAGGAUCUGUGCCAAGACCUCGGCGUGGUGGCAAGCAGGGUGGCAGUUCCCCGGAACCCAUUCCAUCGCCACCACAACUGGCCUUCACCAUGGACCCCACCUACAAUGUCCUGUGGGUUUUCGAUGGAGCUGCACGCAAAUUGCGCUGCCACAAUGUCGUGGCCAGUGACAUCAACGAAAGCGACGUGAACUCGGCAACCUAUCGAUCGCUUCUCUCGCCGGAACUAUCCCUACCGGAUCGCGUGGACUCCCGCGUGGCUCGUUCACAGGCCUCCCUGAAUCUUCUCGCCUGCCUGGACAUCCUCACGUCGGCGCAGGACAACAUCCCCGGAUGCUUCGAGCAGCCGCUGCUCAAGCAGACCCAACAGACGGCGGAAGCGCAGGCCGGCGAGUUCCAGGUGGUCAGCCGGUUCGAUAACUUUGGCGGCGGUUGGGGCUACUCCGGCCACAGUGUGGAGGCCAUCCGCUUCUCGGCGGACACGGACAUUGUGAUCUGUGGCUUUGGAAUGUUCGGCGGUCGCGGAGAGUACAGCUGCAAGCUGAAGCUCUUCGAUCUGGGCGGCGAUGGCGGUGGCUACGAGAAGGAGGGCAUCCUGAUCAGCGAGACCAAGGAGGUGCCGUACGAGUGCGGCGCCAGGAGCAAGCACCACAUCCUCCUGCCAAAGCCGGUCAGUGCGGUGGCUGGCAGAUGGUACCUGGUGUGGGCUCGGAUCGCAGGUCCCUCCUCCGAUUGCGGAUCCUGCGGCCAGGCCUCCGUGACCACCGAGGAUCAGGUGGUCUUCUCCUUCAAGUCCAGCAAGAAGGCCAACAAUGGCACCGAUGUCAACUCCGGACAGAUACCAGCCAUUCUGUACCGCCUGGUCACCCAGGACUGCAAGCAGACGCCGGCCCAAAUGGACGCCGAUCCUGUGCAGCGCAUUUCCCGGGCCUUUGCCAACAGCGUGAGCCGCGAGUGCUUCGAGAGCUUGGUGGUCCUGCUCAGCUGGUCCUGGGAUUGCUUCAAGUUGCAGCUGCGCGAGGAGCGGGAUCGCUCCCGACCACUGCAGCUCCAGCAGUCGCUGCAGUACCUCGGCUAUGUCAUCAAGUCAUGCCUGCGCCUGUUGCGCAAGUACACUAACGAGAUUUACCCCCAGCGGAGCUCCUCCACAUCGCUGGCAGCGGGCGGUGGUGGCUCCAAUGCCGCCCAUGGCAAUGGCCAGGUGACCACCGCCAAGGUGAUCCAGUCCAAGGCAAACAAAGACAAGAAUGCCCCGCGUGUGGUGCCCGGUGGAGCGGUAAUGGCCAAGUACUUUGGAGACCCAUCGCCAUCGGCGGCCCCAGCCAUGAUCAGCAGUGGCGGAAGUGGAGGAGCACCAUCCACAUCAGCCUCGGCAGCGGUGGCAGCCGGCAGCGGAACUCCCGCGACGCGGAAGACCAACAUGGAGAACAUUCAGCUGGCGGAGUGCAUCGGCAAUGUGAGGGCCCUACUCAUUGGCAUCUUUUGUGACGACAUCUUCAAGGAUAUAGCCACGGAUGAGGGCUACGAACUCUCGCUGGAGAUCCUGGACGAGUGCCACCUGAGCUUCGUUGCCUGCUUUGAUGCCUUUUAUCCGACGUCCUCGCUGAAGUGGAACUGUCUGUGCGACCUGCUUGCCCAGAUGGAUCGUGGAGCCCUGCAUUCCCGCCUGCUGAGCGCCAUCCUGGCGGGACUCUGCUCACCCUCGGUGAAGUUGAGGGCCACCUUCUCGCUGCUCAGUGCGGCCGGAAACGAGCGCCAGUCGAUCAUCAGUCCCAGCGAUAAUUCCGGCCUGCCCAUGCUCUCCUCCACGGACGCCCAUCCGUAUCCAGUGCUGGUGGAACAGAUGAUCUACCGCACGCAGCAGGAGAAAAGCGACUUCCUGAGCAACUCCUGGACAUUCAAGGAUGUGCUCGUGAGACUGCUGGACAUAAUCGCCUCUCCCAUUCGCUCCCGCAUCGAGGCGAUUUACAGCCGAAGUCUGGGAAGCCUUGGUGGUAGCUAUCUCGGCGGCAAGGAGUGCGUCAAUCAGGGCCUCAUAGACAACUGUUGUCACCUGCUGGCCAGGGUUCUGGCCGAGAUCGUCUACCAAACGGCGAUGGGGGAGUAUGAUAAACUGUUCAUGCCGCCCAGGACGCUCCAUUCGACGGGAGCUCGCUUCGCCCGCUGCGAUGUGAGUCGCACCUGGAAUACCGGAAACUUUGGACCCGAUGCCAUUGCCUUCGCCGUGGAUCGACCUGGUGUGGCCAUAGCUGGCGCCAUGGUUUACUCGGGAUCCGGGAGCUAUGACUAUCAGUUGGAGUUGCUGUACGACAAUACGGCGGAUCUGCAGCCGCAGCACAAGUGGGAGACCCUGGAGUCGGUGUCGGGCAGCUACGACCAGGAUGCGGUCCACAACGAUCUGGCCGAGAUUAAGUUCGAUCACCCGGUGCACAUCAAGGAGAACGCUCGAUACGCCCUAAGACUGUGCUCCCAGGGGGCACGCACUUGCUCCGGUGACGCCGGCAUGCCAGCGGUUCGAGGACCUUGUGGUGCCCAGUUUCACUUCUAUGCUUGUGACCUGAGCUUCAAUGGCACCACUCCGGCUAGGGGUCAAUUGCCCUGCAUUCUGUACUACAGCACACCCAUGAAACAGGACGGAAACUCAGCCAGCGGACGAUCUGGCGAUGGAGCCAAUGUGGUGCCCCACAUGGAGGAGCGAAUGAUGCUCCUAGGACCCCACGAGGUCUCCACACGGGAUACAGCCCUGCAAAUCGCCGCUGACAUCACCAAGAAAUGCACUGAGCUGCUCAUCCUGGCGCGCAACGCCAUGGCUGCCUCUUGCUCGCCCUCGGAUAAUAGUUCCAAUCACACACAGACCAUCGAUUCCGAGCACAAUAUCACGCCCAUCGAAGAGCAUAUGGACAUCAAUUGGGCCAACAACUCUAGGACGGCCGCCCUGCCCACUGCUAUCGAUCCUCAGCUGUCGACGGCCAGGGAUCUGGGCAAGCGCAUCGAGUCCUUUUCGAAGGGUCUCAUGGAGACCCUCAAGUUCGACAAGCGAUCCACCAAUCCUUUCGAGAUGGAAAUCGAGAUCGGAGCCACCGAAGUGGAGGAAUCGGCGGACUUGAGGAAUGGCCAAAGCCAAAGCCAAAGUCAGAGUCAGAACCAAAGCCAAAGUCAGAGCCAGAGUGUUCCGAUAAAUGGCAAUGAGAGGACCACGGAUUUCGAGAUCGCCGAGCAACCGGCUCAACAGUCGGUGACCCAGCAGGUGCUCUCCGACUCGGAGGAGGCUCCGCUGGAGGUGGCCGGAAUGGCGGCGGCUGGUAGUGGAGUAAGUGUGGCCGGAGGAUCCGGCGGCGGAGGAGUGGCCGGAGUUGGAAGUCAAGUGGCCGCGGUGCAACUGCUGGAGGUAUUCAAUCUGGCCGCCUCUAAUAUGUUCCACACUCUACUGCCGCUGGUCUAUGCCCACAUUGCCAACCUAGCCUGCAGUGAUCCCAAGAGCUCCGUCCAGAUUCUGGGUCUGAUCAAGGAGAUCCUUCCGCACAUCGCUGCCCUAAACCAGCUGCACGUCUCCAAGGAUCAACGUCAGCCGGAACCGGUUCUCUUUGCCACACAGGCCUCGAAUUCUGGCUCUAGCUCGAGUAGCAGCACCACCAGUAACCACUACUGCGUGGUGGAGAGUGAGCAUCCGUACCGGAGCGCCAGCAUCAGCAGCUAUCGCGUGGAGUUCCCGCCCUGCGUCCAGUGGCUCACCAUCGAGUUUGACCCGCAGUGUGGAACGGCCCAGCUAGAGGAUUAUCUGCUGCUGUCGAUACCCAUGCGUCCUGCCUCGCAGGCGCCGUUGGUGCCGCAUGUGGAUGACUAUCUGGAGCAGGCGGACAACAAUGUGCCGGGUGCACAGGCGGACAGGAGGCGCACCACAGGCGGCGGAAUCGCCGGAAGCGGAGCAGCGCCGAGCUCACACCAACGCUCCGCCAGUGUCCAGUUGACCAUGGCCAGUUGCUGUCGCAGUCCUGGUGGCGGGAAUGCUCCGGGAUCCGCGUCUGCUCCCAGUUCCGUGCCCCUGCGCAGCCAGGAUCCCAACGACAGGGAGUGGAUUGUGGUCAAGAAGUUUAACACCGCCUCUACCUGGCUGCACAAUGUCCUCAUCCUGCCCGGCAACUGCGUGGAGUUCUCCCUGGAAACAGCCUCGCUUUAUGCCCAGGAUCCGCACAACAAUCGCUAUGGCUUCAAGUGUCUAGUGGUGGGAUACGACAAUCCCACAUCGAUCAAUGCCAGCAACUCGUGUCUGAUUCGACUGGAGCAGGAGUUGGCCUACUUGGGCGGCAUGUGCAGUGCCAAUCUGAUGAAGAAGGAGCUCAACCUGCCAGAUGACAAGGACGUGGAGGACAUGAGCGGCGUUGAGGAGACCAUCAACGCCCAUCACACCCUGCUCUCCAAGGGAUUUGCCCUGUCCGAACCCCAGUUGACCGUGCACCAGGCCUUGGAAUCGUAUCUGCCCAUCGGAUCCCAGUCCAAUGAGCGGCAGUUCCUCAAGGACUUUAUCAGCGGGGCGCCAGGAUCGUCGGGCGCCCGUUUGGCUGCCUGGUUGCAGCCGGAGUCGCGACUCGAUCCCAAUAAAUGUGAGCUGAACACGAUCACGGAGCCACUGCGUUAUGGCUGGCCCUCCCAGGUGACGGUCACCAUUCGGGAUCAGUACGGCGAUGCGGUUCUGGUGCCGGAGCUGAAGGUGGAGAUCAAGGCGAUACCCACGGGCUCGGGUCCGAAUGGAAAUGCAAGCGGGACGGGAACAUCCGGUGCCUCGGCCGCCGGAGUAUCUGCGCCCGGUCCGAAUCUGUGGAUGCGACGUGCCUCCGGCGACACCUGGGGCUGGGGCGGAAUGACGCCGCCACCGCGCCUCAACUACGAGCCCACCUCCAAGGAGAAGAUGGUCUUCAAGGCCAUCACGUUCAUGAAGCCCUUUACCAACUAUUCGUUCGAGGAACUGCGCUACGCCAGUCCGGUGCAAACCCGCGUCACAGAACUCCUGAACGCCAAGGACAUGGAGGACGGCACCUUCAGUGUCCAGUGGACGCCCAGUUCGGUGGGUGCCUACUGCCUGGCGGUGACCAUCGAUGGCAUUCCGCUGGAGGAGGUCUACCGCGUGGACGUCAAGGAGGGCAUCCUGCCGCCACCCACCCAGAGGAGCAGUGCCCAGCGGAGGCCCCAGGCGCCCAGCAAAUUGCGCCGCUUUCAGGCGCGCCAUAGUUCAGGACUGCGGAUUCGAUCGCAUCCCACGCUGCAGUCGGAGCAGGUGGGCGUGGUGCGGGUGGGCGGAGUGAUCUCCUUCAUCGACGAGAUCGAGAACGAUGACGGAGUCUGGCUGCGCCUGUCCACGGAGUCCAUCCGGCAGCACUGCACCAUGGGCUGGUAUCCCACGGAGGCGUGGUGCCUGCAGUUCAACCAGCACCUGGCCAGGAUGCUUCUCCAGCCUGUCGCGGACAAGGAGGUGAAUCCGCUGCGCAAGGGCGUGGCGGCCGCAGCCGAGGAGGAGGAGGAACCACCGCCGGUCAGUCCGUCGGGCAGUGGCGAGGCCAGUCCCGAGCCAGAGCCGGAUCCCAGUCCAGUCCUCAGUCCGGCCAAAACCAAGCCACCGCGCUUCCUGGCCGGCCAUCAGUCCACCAAUCCCUUCCUCUACCCUUCCAAGCAUGCAGAUCUCGCGGAGCGGGAGGCCCAAGCGCAGGAGGAUCGGCAAAAGGAGGAGGAGCAGCGGGCGGAGGAGGAGAAUCCCGAGGAUCGCGAGCCGGAACAGGAGGCCCUGCCCGCCGUGGAGCUGCUGCCCGCCCACAUAGGCUCCGCCAUUGCCGGAGUGGUGGGCGGCGGAGCUAUCAAGUUGCAGGCGCUGCAGAAGUGGUUCAAGGGUGAUGCCGUGGACGGAGCCCAACCGCUGACGCCCUCUCAUUCGCCGCCCCUGGCUGGAGUUUCGGUGCGGGAGCUGGUGCGCGCCAUGGGCGGCCAGGAUUCGCCGCGAGGCAACGGGAAUCGCAGCCAGCAGGAUGCGCAGGAGCCGGAAUUCAGUCUGGCCAGCAUGAGGAGACCCAACUACUCGGCCAGCCAAACGGCGGCGCUGCUCUCCACGCCCAAGCACACGCCCAAGCGGAGUGCCGUCCUGGCGCCGACGGAUACGAGUGGCCUAGAGGAUGACCUAAGUCUGUUGCAGAUCACCACCACCACAACGGGUCAGGGGGAGCAGCAGAGCGAACUCCAGCUGGCCACCACCUCUACGGCAUCGGCGUCUGCAGCCGCCAAGAGGAGCGCCGCCAUGGGUCCCAUCAAGCGGGCCAUGCCCCCCUCCUUCGCGGAGAGCAUCCGGGCGGUCUUUGCCGCCCUCCUCUGGCACGAGGGUGUCGUCCACGAUGCCAUGGCCUGCGCCAGCUUCCUCAAGUUCCACCCGGGACUGCCCAAGGAGGGCGCCACGGUGGUCACGAGGCGGGGCGACGCCGGCGAUCCCCGGGUGCAGCUGUCGCGGGAGCAGAAGGCUCAGCAGCGGCACUCCGUGGAAGUGGCCAAUGCAGGCAACUACCUAAACAUCCGGCCCAGCACCUUGGAGUCCCUUACCAAGAGUGGCAACUGCUCGCUGCACAAUCGAGCCAAAUACCGGAAGAACAUGCUCAUCGGAGCAGGAGUCACCCAUCCCGGCGAGGAUCAGGCCCAGAAGCUGCAGGCUCUGCCCGAGAUGGUCAGCGUUUUGCCGCCAGCCCUGCGUUGUCUGGUUUAUUUGUGGGAGCAGAUCUGCUCCGGCUGCGUCCAGAUCGUCCAGUCGAAUGCCCUGGAGCAGAGGGAGCCGCGCCUGCUCUCGCCCGGCAGUCGGGAUCUCAACGGGGAUGCGGACACCGAGGGCAAGGAUGGCAAGUGCUCCGAUCAGGGUUCCGGCGGGGAGAAGGAUCUGGGCAGAAAGUGCAAGCGCAAGAAGAAGGACGACGGGAGCUGGUGCGAGAUCUGCGAACUAUUCCUGCCCAUGCCGGUGACCUACCACAUGAGGAUCGCCCAUCCGGGCUGCGGGAAAUCGGCGAAGGGCAAGGGCUACAACUCCGUGGGCAUUUUCUGCGAGGGAUGGGCGGGCAACUGCGGCGAGGGCGGCAAGGGAGCCUCCUCCUGGUUCCUGAUGUGCGAUCCCUGCCGGGAUCGAUACCUAGCCUCCUGUCGCAGCGUCAACAACAUCAAUAGUGCCGCCCGCCAACUGGAGUCCAAUGCCGCCGAAGGCAAUGAGCUGAACUUGUUUGGGGUCAAGUCCACUACAUUGAUAGCCAAUGCAGAGGUGUAUACCACCAUGCGGGAGAACGCCACGUUCCUGCUGGAGCUCUGCUCGAGUUCCAGCUCUGCGUCCGGGGCAGUCGGCAGCCUGGCCGCCAGCAGCUCCAAUCCCAAGCGAUCCCCCCAGCAGAUGUCUGUGGUGGCCAUGCCCGUGGUGAUCGAGCACCAACUGGGCAACUCUGACCUGAAGCCGAGCACCAGUCGCUGCAGCCGGAUGGCCCGCUUAAGUGGCUCCAAGUUCUGUCCGGGAGUCGGAAGCGGAGCGUUCCGCAAGAGCUUCGUAGGCGGACCGCCGGCAGCGCCGGAGAACGUUUGGCUGGCGCCCGAGAGCUUCGCCUGUCUGGAGUGCCUGGGCACGGCUGGACACGAGGAUCUGCCCUACGAAAUGUUUGGGCUGGGACCCUCGUCGAAUGACAAUGGUUACGAUAGGCCCCUUUCCGAGAUCUCCUACGAGUCCUGCGAACCGAACAACUACGAGCUGCUUCCUGGAUCCUUGGCGCCAGGUGCCACAGCCGCCGGCACAGGUCCGGGAUCAGUGGGUGGUGGUAACCUGUCCAAGUUCCACCGCAGCUAUUCCAUGGGACAGGGCUGGGCGUCUCUGGCCCAGCACAACCACCCGCAACAGCAUCACCAACAGCAGCACCACCACCAGCAGCAACAGUUGCAUCUGCAGCUCCAGCAGCACCAGCCGCCAGCGGUGGAGGGUCAGCCAAAGGUCGUCUACCGGCGAAGGAACAACUCCACCAGCGAGGGCGACGGAUCCCUGCUAAUCUGCUAUCCCUCGGAGCAUCUGCGUCGCCUGGUGCCGCCCAAGCUGCUGGCCAGUGUGUCCGUCAUGCAGACAACUGCCGAUGGAGCAGUCAUCAAGGAUCAUUCGACUGGCACGCUGGGAUUUGAUCAGUCGGCUGGACAAAACGGUGGGGGUAACCUACUGCUUACCCGUCCCGCCAUGGCGUUCAUCACGCAGAAACACGAGCUGGACAGACUCAGGGCGGCCAUGCGAAGGAGCUUGAGGAUUGCAGCCUGCAGGAUAUAUGCCCUGCAAGCGCUCAACUGGCUCCUGAGGAGCGUCACCCAGGGCGUGUGUCUGCACGAUCUGAUGUGGUGGUUUGUCAGCUCACUGACCGCCACCGGAGGUCAUCAGCCAGAGGGCCGGGGCGAGGAGGCCUCCGAGCCGGCACUGGAGCACCCGGUGGCCUACACCCAGAUCAGCGGAAGGUUCGCCCAUCUGAUCACCCAGUCGCUGCACGUGCUCCUGCAAUCGGUGGCGGAUCUCACGCUCCACCUGCCACUCGGAUCACCACUGCAACGGGUUGCAAUCCAGUGCUUUGGCAUCCGUUUCCGCCAGGCGGACCACCAGUUCCUGCACAGCUCUCAUGUGUUUGGGAACAUCUCGAAAAUACUAUCCAAAUCAGACGAACAGAACGACGCCAUGGCCGUUUCGAUGAUCGUGAAGCCCGACUGCGAUGCGGAGCACAAUCAGGUGCAUCCAGUGGCGUCGGGAGGAUCGGGAGCAGGAGCUCGGCUCCUCUGCUACACUGAUCUGGCGGGCAUGUUCGAGGUCACUGUGUCCUCGCGCCCAGCCAUGGCGGAGUCCCUAACGGACAACUCAACGGAAACAUUCUGGGAGAGCGACGAAGAGGAUCGCAACAAGUGCAAGAUCAUCGAGUUGUCCCUCACCAAACUGAACUACGCCUGUCGCUAUCUUCUGGUGCACAUCGACAAUAGUCGAGACAUUCAGAACAAGGUGCUCAACGUGGUGUUCUAUGCCGGACAGUCGCUGGGCGACACGAAUGUAAUAAAGUCGGCGGACGUGGAUCCCAAAGCAUGCUCCUGGAUUUCGGCGAAGAUCUGCGACGACAGCUGCACGCACUUCCGGUUGGAGCUCCAUGGUCCCGAAAACACACUGCGUGUGCGCCAGAUCAAGUUGCUCGGCCUGCCCACGGGAGGAUCGGUGGGCCUAGAGGAUGCCUCGGAUCACAAGCACCAGCCGCACCUGCGAUUGAGUCAUGCAUCGCGCAUCCAACAACAGAUUUGCGAGGCGGAAACCCUGAGAGUUUUCCGACUGAUCACCGGUCAGGUGUUCGGCAAACUGAUCAGCAACGUGGGUUCGGAUCUGGUGCCACCGGAUUCGGCGGGCAUAGGACCGCAGAGUAGCGGAGCAGCCAGCACUUCUCUGUUGGCCGAUUCCCUCGAUCUCAGGGAGCACAUGGUGGGCAUUCUGUUCUCGCGCAGCAAACUGUCGCACCUGCAAAAGCAGGUGAUCGUGCACAUUGUCCAUGCGAUUCGCAAGGAGGCGCAGCGGGCCAAGGAGGAUUGGGAGCUGGCCAACCUGGCUCAUGCCCUAAAGCAGCCACCCCAGCUGCAAUCCCUACCAGCGCCCGCUUCCGCCAGCAGCGAGAGUUCGCCGGAGAGAAGUCGAGCCCCGGACACCUACUGCUUCGAGAUGCUCAGCAUGGUGUUGGCUCUGUCGGGCAGCGUGGUGGGUCGCUCGUAUCUCUCCCAGCAACAUGGUCUGCUGAGAGAUCUCCUGGGACUACUGCACACCGGAAGCGAUCGAGUGCAGCGACAGGUUACGGCCUUGCUGCGCCGGAUUCUACCGGAAAUAUCGCCGGAGAGCUUUGCGGAGUUAUUGGGCGUGCAAAGAUUACCGCCAGCGGAUUAUAGUAUCGCUCAUCAGUCGGCCAGUGAUUUCGAUAUGAGUCGACUGGGUUUGCUGGACAUAUUCCUGGCCGUGAUUGCCAAGUCCCUGCAGCUGCAGGUCAAGGUUAAGACCACAGCGGUCUCUGCCGGAGGAGGAGCUACAUCUGUAUCUGGAGGCGGAGGAUCAUCCGGAGGUGGAUCUGCUCUCAAGCCAGGCCAGCCGGAGAAAACCCCAGCCUUCGUGAGGCUCUGCAGCUCGCUGGAUCUCUCCGUGCAGCAGCUAAGAUCGCGACCGCCCACCGGAGAGCCGGGAGGACCUGAUCCCUUCCAGUUCGAAGCCCUACCGCCGAGGAAGGAAUCGAAACGGAAUCUUAAUCAGCGGUGGUUCCUCAACGGAGUCAUCUCCACCAAGCAGGCGGAGAGCAUUAUCGGUCUCAUUAGGGAUUUGGCCAGCGGUAAGCUCAGCGAGAAGUGGUCCCAGAUCACCAAGGCGGCCAUAGCCGAGUCCGUGCUGAAUCUCACCCGGCUGGAGGAGAUCUACCGCUCGCCGGAGCACUGCACCAAGACCUCGACUUUGUGGCUGGCAUUGGCCAGCCUGUGCGUCCUGGAGCGCGACCACGUGGAGAAGCUCUCCUCCGGUCAGUGGUCCAAGCUGUGCGAUACACGACCCUUAUGCAGUAACCAUGACGAUGGCGAAACGGCCGCCAUCAUCCAGUGCGAGACCUGCGGAUCCCUUUGCGGUGACUGCGAUCGCUUUCUGCAUCUGAACCGCAAGACACGCUCCCACAAGCGAACGGUCUGCAAGGAGGAGGAGGAGGCCAUUCGCGUGGAGCUGCAUGAGUCCUGCGGCCGCACCAAGCUCUUCUGGCUUUUGGCUCUGGCCGAUUCGAAGACCCUGAAGGCCAUGGUGGAGUUCCGCGACGGCAGUCACACAAUCAUCUCGGGUCCCCAGGAGGCGGUGGGCAGAUGUCGCUUCUGCGGGCUCACCGGCAACUCGGGGCUGUUGGAGAUCGGCAACGUGUGUGCGGAUGCCCAGUGCCAGGAGUACGCGGCCAACUCGUGUCUGAAGACCAAACCAUGUGGCCAUGCGUGCGGAGGAGUUACGGGCGAGCGGAAGUGCCUGCCCUGUCUGCAGCACGUGUGCCAUGCACGGGAAAACGAACUGGCCGAAGAGCUGAGAGAUCCCAAGCUCACCCAGGAUGCGGACGACAUGUGCAUGAUCUGUUUUGUGGAAGCGGUGUCCUGUGCUCCCUCCAUACAUCUGGAGUGCGGUCAUGUGUUCCACUACCACUGCUGCAAGGCGGUGCUGGAGAAGCGCUGGAGCGGACCACGCAUAACCUUUGGCUUCUCCCUGUGUCCCAUCUGCAAGGCGGACAUCCAGCAUCCCCUGUUGGCAGACAUCCUGGAACCGAUCAAUGGACUCAAACAGGACGUCAAGCGCAAGGCUCUCAUGCGCAUCAAGUACGAGGGCGUGGUGAAGGACACGGACAGCAAGGAUGUCAACAUGACUCAACUGGCGAUGGAUCGGUAUGCCUACUACGUGUGCUUCAAGUGCCAAAAGGCAUACUACGGCGGCGAGGCGCGCUGCGAUGCGGAGAUUGGCGAGAAGUUCGAUCCCGAAGAGCUGGUCUGCGGCGGCUGCUCGGACGUGGCCAGGGCACAGAUGUGUCCCAAGCACGGCACCGAUUUCCUUGAGUACAAAUGCCGCUACUGCUGCUCGGUGGCGGUGUUCUUCUGCUUCGGGACGACGCACUUCUGCGACACCUGCCACGACGAUUUCCAGCGACUGACCAACAUACCCAAGGUCAAGUUGCCGCAGUGCCCGGCCGGACCGAAGGCCAAGCAGCUGCUGGGCGACGAGUGCCCGCUGCACGUGAUGCAUCCGCCCACCGGCGAAGAGUUCGCCCUGGGAUGCGGCGUCUGUCGCAAUGCCCAAACAUUUUAGCCACACACUUGCACUCGACCCGAUGACAAGUGGAAAACCCAACCGGAAUCGGAUGAUGAUGAUGAUGAUGACGACGACGACGACGAUGGCGAAGAUUUGGCGCCGGACAUGUGGGCCAACGUUUGGUCCCAGUCGGACGACUCGCGUACAUAUUUGUAGAGUUUAAAAGCCCCAAACAGGAAAAAAAUGAAGAAAACCGAGACCCAGUACACCCCAUGGAAGGAUCGAUCUUUCACUCCUCUAGAUAUUAAUUCACACAUCGGAUUGGAAUAACGAAACGGAUAGAUAUUUUCUAGGAUAGCUGAUAUUUGAACGAUGGAUAUUGGAUUACAGAUUAGCAAAUAGCAAAUAGCGUAUAGCAUAUUUUAUCCCAGGCAAUAUUAUUUUGUAACACUCGAAAUCGUAUCGAAUCGAAUCGAAUCUCCCAUUUGAAGAUCAAAAACUCACUAUUUAUUUAAUGUACAAUUCGGAGUUGAGCGAGCGAGUGCGAGCGAGAGAGAGCUAGUGCGGGAGAGAGCGCGAGAAGUGUGUACAUAAUCCUCCUGCUCCCUGUACCCUGACCUCUGACCUCCAUGACCCCCUCCCGUCACCCCCUCGUCUUCGGCCCUCACCCUCCUCCUCCUCCUCUUCCUCCUCACCCUCACUCCAACAAAAGCACAUUAUGCUACAUUUAUAUAUUUAUUGCAAAUAACUAAAUUAUAUAUAUAUUUAUUAUGAAUGCGACGAGCGGAAGAUGCAAUAAAAAUCAAUUCUGAAUGUAUAUUUUCAA